UCUGGACAUAUCACAUUUGCUCUUUAUUGUGUUGCUAAGGACACCGAUGGGUUGAGUUGGCAUAUAGUGCAGCCGUGGAUCGCUCAUCAACCUGCUGAGCUCUUUCUGGAUAGGACAGAGGUACAAUAUUUACAUCCAUGGCAGAAGGUUCUUAACCCUGAACUCAUCAAAGGUCCUUGGAUUCAAGAGGAAGAUGACAAAAUUAUUGAUCUUGUAAGGAAGUAUGGACCAACAAAAUGGUCUCAUUGCAAGGACCUGCAGAAGGACCCUCCCACCUCAGCGCAGGAAGGUCCUGUAGGUGAGGACAUGUUCCAGUGGCAGGCCACUAUCAUGGGACCCUUGGACAGCCCGUUUACUGGUGGCCUAUUUUUGGUGAACAUCCAUUUCCCACUGGAUUAUCCCUUCAAGCCCCCGAAGGUCUCUUUCCGCACCAAGGUGUUCCACUUCCACUUCCACCCAAACAUCAACAGCAACGGCAACAUUUGCCUUGACAUUCUCAAGGAACAGUGGAGCCCGACUUUGACCAUAUCAAAGGUCCUCCUGUCAAUCUAUUUGUUGCUGACGGACCCCAACCCCAAUGAUCCUCUGGUGCCUGAGAUUGCUCACAUGUACAAGACUGAUUGGGCCAAGUAUGAGUUGACAGCGAGUUAUUCUUGUCCUCUGUAAUUUAGCUUGGGGUUUUCACUUGUGUAAAACUGUAACAAAUAAAGCAGGGCAUGUAGCAUAGGUGUAGCUCAUGUCCUGGGCACUGUUGACAUGCUCUGCACACGUAUAGCAGGCAUGGGCAAGGUGAUAGUGUCGUGCUGUACUGCACGACCUGGACACACGCAGUGAGCGUGAGGCUGUAAAGGAGAGAGCAGUGUGUAGCUUCUCCUCACUUCAGUCAUAAACCAAAAAAUAACAAAAACGAACUCAGCACAAAGUUAGUGCUGGGGGGAAA